GCAUCUAAGACUGACCCGUUCAGACGUGGUCAAGACAUCACAAUUGGCGCAUCCGGUUCAUCGGUACGUGUGGUGCGAGCAUAUCGCCGUUAUAAGAACAUUACUGCUCAACAACCAAUGGGCCCAGCAUUUCAAUUUGCUGACGGCUGCUACCUCACACGACAGAAGCUUACCCACAUACUUCAGCAACUGCUUGCGCAAUCGGGACAGCCUAACAUCACACAGUACACCAGCCACAGUUUCCGAAGUGGGGCAGCCACCACGGCAGCCGCUGGGAACAUACCUGACUGGCUUAUUAAAUGUCUUGGAAGGUGGCGCAGUGAUGCCUAUCAAGUGUAUAUACAGACACCAACAACAACACUGGAGCGAAUUCCUGGACUCCUUGUGCACCAAUAA